AUUGGCAACAAACUCACACUGCAUGCCAACUAGAUCUACUGCUGUUUAGCCGUAUUAUUUAUGGUUUAGCCAUAGAUAUUAGUAUUUAUGAUUUAGCUCUGCGAUGAAACUCUCCUGGGUCUACACAGCUCUACUAUUGCUGACAGUGUUCAGUUGCUGUGUUAUAUAUUUCCGAGUAGACCUGAACAAUAACUUGUUGCGGGCCUACAGGCCUGGAGUCACUGCAAAUCAUCUUUUGUUAUCGCUAAAAUCGAAAUGGCGUUUUCAAAGCCAGUCAACAAACAAAGUAGUCAAAGUGAAAGAGCAGACUAUUGUAGAAAAAGUUGAUCUUAAACGAUACAUGAUAUCAAUGGUGUAUGCGGAGCAGUUUACGAAUGCUUUUGCCCAUUACAAUGCAUUUCUGUCCCUAGCUACAAGAUGGAAUUUUACAGGUGUAGAACCUUUUGUUCUAAACACGAGAAUGAGCGGAUUUCAAAUGAAUCCUGACAGUAACUAUAUCGAUAUUCGAGAGCUUCUUGACAUGAAGUUAUUCCACAGGAGAUAUGCCGAGUGUGUUGGAGGCAAUAAACAAAGUCUGAUUGAUCCAAUGAAUUCAUUCUUGAGACAAUCCUUUAGAAACAUCGUUGUUGUUUACUUUUCACCUCACGUGUUUGUACUACCGAGGGAGAUUCACAAGACAAUGGACUCCUCUUUAAAGAGUGUUUUUUCAAGUAACAAAGACAAACCAGUUCUUACUUGCACGGAUACAGCAUACAAAUCGCUGACACCAGCCGUUGAAGAUGUACUAAGAAAAGAGCAGCAGAAAGAUUUUAACAGAACAAUUACUAACGACCAAAAAUUCUCCAUCAAAGAAGUAUUUUGCGUAAAUCGUGACGUUUCAUUAUCACUAGUUCAACUUAUGGACCAUUUAGUAAACUACUUGGACUCCUCCAAACUAAAUGCCAGUGUUCUUUUCGUUAGCUGGCAAGGAAAAUACACAAGACCAUUUACAGAUCCAAAAACCAUGUAUCAUUGUGUGCUACCCUUUACCCAAAUACCGUUCAGCUCGAAAGUAAAAUCUCAAGCUGCUCAAUUCGUGAAAUCCAAGAGACUAAAACCAAACGACUACAUUUCUGUUCACAUUCGGUUCGCGAAGUUGUUGGAGUUUGCAUUCAAUUCACACAAGAAUACAAACAGUUCAAAUCAAACUGGUUUUUACAGCUGCUGCAUGAGGAGAGUUCAGCUGCUUCUAGAGGCAGUCUCCAAUAAGAUGCAGAUUCCACUCAAUCGAACAAUAUUUAUCAAAGACAUUGGCGAACACGGUACUGAUGCCUGUCAGUAUCAAGGGCACUGGCAUCCCGCUAAAGACUGCAAAGAGGAGGCACACAAAAUGAUCUCUAUGUUAACUGUUAAUGCAUCAGAAUACGUUCCACAGGAUAUCAAUGGAUCAUCAUCGUAUACAUCGAAUGCAGGAUUCGUUUCUUUGGUCGAAGAAGCCAGUCUGUUUGACGGUAGACUGCUACUGACUGUUGGAGGUGGAAGUUUUCAGAAGGCUCUUGUGGAUAGAUUUGUAGAUUACCAUAGCAACAGUACAUACUCCGCUAGUGACUUGCAUUAUACUGUAUGUAUACAGGAAAAGUUAAAUGGUCUGCAUAUUGACCAUGAUGUAUGUUAAUCAAUGUUAUCCUCACAUGUA